AUGUCCGAGAAUAAUAUUGAUGUACCAUACCAGAACGCCAUAGGAUGUCUUAUGUAUUUAGUUGUCAAUUCAAGGCUUGAUAUAGCUUAUGCUGUUAGCUAUUUAAGCCAAUUCAACAAUGGACAUUCAUUAGAACAUUGGAAUUGUAUAAAGAGAGUAUUCCGCUAUCUAAAAGCUACAUCUGAUUUAUUGUUAACAUUCAAGAAAACAAACUCUAUAUGCAUUGAAGGCUAUGUUGAUGCCACUUGGGGAGAUCACCAGGAUGAUAGACGGUCUCACACAGGCUUCAUAUUCAAACUAGCUGGAGGUCCUAUUUCAUGGGAAACCCACAAGCAGAGGACCAUAGCCCUUUCAUCAUGUGAAGCAGAAUACAUGGCUGCAUCUGAGGCAUGUAAAGAAGCUGUUUAUCUACGUCGACUUAUAAGCGAAGUGCUGUGUGACACACCAAAAGCUGUUAAGCUUUUUGUUGACAACCAAAGUGCAAUAAAAAUUGCGGAGAACCCAGUGUUUCAUAACCGUACUAAACACAUUGAUAUUCGGUUUCAUUUUAUUCGUGAAGUGAUUAAUGAUGGAAAAGUUAAGUUAGAGUAUAAACCCUCAAAUGAAAUGAUUGCCGAUGAGCUUACGAAAGGAUUGGGACGGAUCAAACAUACACAAUUUGUGAGGGAUAUGGGUCUCAUUAGAAUUUAA